UUAAAAGUAUAAACUGAAAUUAUUUCUUUCUCCUCCAGAGCUAUCGGUGCAAUGCUGUACGCUGGCUGGUUGUUUAAGGAGCUCAUCCGCUCACUACCUGAUACCCAGUCGGCACAAAUAGCAGCUUCAAGAAUACUAGCACUACUGGAGGAAAAACCCUCCAUUAACAUACCUAACCAAGGAGUGGAUAUCGCCACAAAAUUUCAAGAAGAUUACGCUAAGCUCGCAUUAGACGACAUUCAUUUCUCUUACUCGUCUCGUCCUGGUGUGGUGGUACUACCCGGUCUGAGUCUCACCGUUAAACCAGGAAAGACUCUCGGCAUAGUAGGACCGAGCGGAUCAGGAAAGAGCACCAUACUGUCGCUUGCCGAGAGAUUCUAUGAUCCUGAUCCUGAUUCAGGAACAAUAGAAUUCAACAAUAUCAAUAUCAAUAUCUUUGAGAUCUCAUCUCUCCGGAGACAGAUGAGUCUAGUACCUCAGGACCCAGUUUUAUUUGACAUGUCUAUUUCUGAUAAUAUUCGUUAUGGGGCUUUAUUUAGAAAUGACAUUACUGAAGAUGAAGUCAUAGAAGUGGCUAAAGUUGCUAAUAUUCACGAGUUCAUUAUGUCAUUGCCUCAUGGUUACCAGACUAUGGUUGGUAGUAGAGGCACUCAACUAAGUGGCGGUGAGAAGCAGCGAGUAGCCAUUGCCCGUGCUUUAAUUAGAAACCCCAAAAUCCUCCUCCUUGAUGAAGCAACGUCAGCUCUUGACUCGGAAAACGAGAAAGUGGUCCAGGAAGCUCUUGAUAAAGCAAGACGAGGUCGUACUACCAUUAUCAUAGCUCACCGACUGUCUACGAUAUAUGAAGCUGAUUCUAUUGCUGUCCUUCAUCAGGGAAGUGUUGUGGAGCAGGGAACUCAUGAGGAGUUGAUGAGAUUGCAAGGACACUACUACCUAAUGAACAGUGUCUCACAGCAGCAGAAGGAGGAGGAAGAGGAAGAUGACAUUUUUGUUUGAUUUAUUAUAAUUUUUAAUUGGUUUUC